CUCCUCACACUCCACAGUCCCCGGUAGUCAGCUAAAGCCAGCAAGCACCGACCAUCUUCAUCAAGAUAUGGACAUGACCGGCUCCGAACAAUGGAGUUCCCCUUCUUCGUCGUCGUCCUCGCACGAGCAAGGAGGAGGGGCGACCGUGUGGACAACGCCUCCGAAGCGCCCGGCGGGGCGCACCAAGUUCAAGGAAACGCGGCACCCUGUUUACCGCGGGGUGCGGCGCCGCGGCAACGCCGGCCGGUGGGUGUGCGAGGUGCGCGUCCCCGGCCAGCGCGGCGAGCGGCUCUGGCUCGGUACCUACCUCACUGCCGAGUCAGCCGCGCGUGCUCACGACGCCGCCAUGCUCGGUCUGCACGGGAGCUCGGCCUCAACCUACCUCAACUUCGCCGACUCCGAGUCGCUCCUCCGCGUGCCGCAAGCGCUGUCCGACCUUGCGGACGUCCGGCGUGCGGCCCUCGCGGCCGUCGCGGGCUUCCUGCGCCGUGAGGCCGCCAGCGGCGCUGCCACCGUCCCAGCAGACGAGGCCACCUUCAGCGCAUCCGCGGACAAUGCCGGCGGCUCGUCGGCGACCUCGCAGCCUUAUGCCGAUGGGACAUUUGAGGUGCCGGCCGCGCUGGGCAGCGACAUGUUCGAGCUGGAAAUGUCCGGCGAAAUGGACCUGGGCACGUACUACGCGGACCUCGCGGAGGGUCUGCUGCUGGACCCGCCGCCGCCGGAGCACACCGGUGCGUGCUGGGAGACCGGAGACGGCGGAGCUGACCCCGCGCUCUGGAGCUACUGA